AAGCUGCAUUCCUUGCGACCAUUUCCUUCCCUCUCCUCUCCUCACAACCUCCUUUCGAGAAAUCGCAAUGCCUGAUCCACGAGCAGUCCUUCGUGCUCUGACGAAGACCAACUUUGCAGCUUCUGUACACCAAUUAAUCUACCAGUUCGAGACUGGCCUAUAUUUUCCUCACAACAAUCCAUCCCAAGGUCAUGGACUUGCCGCUUCUCCAAGGCUUCAUGCAAUUGAAUCGUGUCUUCGUUCGUCCGUAAGCUCAGGAGCGAUUCUGGAGGCGAGACAGGAUUCAACUCUGGCCGCGGAGGCGCUGGUCCAACUUGUGAGUUCGUUUUGUGAUUCUCUGCUGUGUUUGGUGUGCAAUGGCGAUUGUUGAAGUACAAAUUGUACCAGAUCUUUGGUGAGCGGACGAGGUUCGCGGUCACAGAGCCAGAAGCAUUCAUUAAAGUCGUUCAGACAUUGUGGGUUCUUGAAGAUGAAGGCGUUAUCGGCCCAAGUUCGUUAAUUAAUGACCUCAGCUUACAGUCGCUCAUGUACGCUCCCUGGACAAAAGGCAGCAUAAAGCUUGCAGCCAAUGCUAUUUCAAGCAUGUUUGUAUCCGCAACUUACCAGAACAAGGACGUCCUUGGUGAGUUUCCUCAUUGCAGUGUUCAGUUAUACUCGGCGUAUUUUACAUACGUGACAUGACAGUUCAAGCCGUUCUUCAUGCUGCGCUCUACUCUCUUGAGGAGACCUCCGAGGAUAACUUCCUUCACGAGAUGUGGAGUGCCGGAAUUUGCUCGUGCUUACCAGAGUCUGAGAUGAGAUCACAAGUUGUCCUAUCGGCCCUGAUGGAAAAGAUCAAGCAGCCCGCCAUGAUGCACUGGGAUACCCUGUCAAAACUCGUUGAGUUAAUCAAAUCAGCAACACGAUCUAGAUUUGUUCAUUCUGGUGUUCUUGAGGGCAUUUCCAGCAUCUUUGAAGAAGCUGAGACUCCAAAAGAAGCCUUCAUCAAGGUCUAUGUCCAGCUCGCUGAAAUUGACACUGGCGAUAGUGUCUCCCGACAUCUGUUCACCAUUUCUGGAUUACUACGGAAGCCAGAAUUUCCACGGAUGGACCUGCAAAUGGUCAUGUAUGAAGGGAUUGACAGACUUAAGAGACGACUUCCCCAAAGCAUUUACAGAGACAAUCUCCUAUCUGUACAGUGACUCGGCGCGAAUGUUGUAUGCCA